AAAGCACACUUGUACUUUGUCUCUUCAAACAGAGAAUGUACCGUCUGUUUUGCAUUUGUCACAGGAAUCUGUACAGGCAGCGAAAGGCUUUUUUAAAAGGGUCAUUUGUGCAAGCAGCCAUGAUGCCAACAGAUGUCUUCCUCAUGGUUUGGUCAGUCUUGCUCGCCCCUUGCGUCUGGGUUCAGGGGGAUUCUUCACCCAAUAUCACAGACCUUACGUUUAAGAACAUGGAUUUUGCCAUGGACGUCUACCGGAAGAUCUCUAGUUACCACGACAACAACAUUUUUUUCUCGCCACUCUGCGUGUCUACUGCCUUCACCUCACUUUCCCUGGGUGCUUGUGGCUCGACCCGAGAUCAGAUCCUCAAAGGGCUGAAUUUAGACCUGUUAGAGCACCGAGGAGGCAGGAGUGGUCUCAUACCUGAACUUUUUCAGCAUCUCCAGAGGAACAUUACCCAAGACGAUGCAUUGAUGUUCCAGCAAAGCACGGCCCUAUUUGUGGGGCAGGAUUUUGAGAUUGAGAUGGCCUUCAGUGAACAGAUCAAACAGUUCUUUGGGGCCGACAUCAACAAUGUGGACUUCGGUGACCCAAAAGUUAGCAUGGCCACCAUCAAUGAGUAUGUGAGGAAGCAGACGGGAAAUAAGGUGAAGGAAAUGGUAACAUCAAUUGAACCUUUUACAAAACUCAUGCUCAUCAACACGAUUUACUUUAAGGGUGCCUGGGACCUUCCCUUUGAUCCAAAUAACACAGAAAAUGGCCGCUUCUAUGUUGACAAGUACAACAUUGUGCAGGUGCCCAUGAUGUUUAAAGAUGAUAAAUUUUACACGACAUAUGACAAGGAAUUGAAAGUGAAGGUGUUGCGUCUUCCGUAUGUGGCGGGUUCAGCCAUGCUUAUUGUCCUCCCCGAUGCGGACGUGGACUAUACUGAGGUUGAUGAAGAAAUCACAGCCACGAGGUUCACUGACUGGACACAGAAUCUGAAGAAAAGGAAACUUGAGGUUCACCUGCCCAAAUUCAAGAUGGAACAGUCAUAUGCUUUGCAGAAAAUACUCCCAAACCUUGGUAUUACGGAUAUCUUCCAAGACACUGCAAACCUAACAGGGCUGAGCAAAGAACCUGGAUUGAAGGUGUCAGAGGUGUUGCACAAAGCUGUGAUUGAGGUUGAUGAGAGGGGCACCGUGGCUGCAGCCGCCACUUCUGUGGGCAUCACCGCUUACUCUCUGCCUCAAGUCUUCAUCGUCAACCGACCUUUCUUUUUCUUUAUUUAUCACGAGAGUACAAACAGCCUACUGUUCAUGGGCAGAGUGAUAGACCCUUCUAAAUAUUGAUUAAAUGUUUUGUUGGACAAAGAAA